CAUUCUUGUUUUCAUGGGAAGAACGGCAGCACGCAAUAGAUGGGGAUUUCGAGUCAGGUUUAGGAGCUGUCUAAAUUAAUCUGCAAUUUGCCUGAACUCCUCCCGGUGACUUUUGGGCUGUGUUUUGGCGAUUGGGAAGAAUUGACAUAGUUAUGGUAUUUAAUCACAGAGGUCCUAGACACUGCUGUGCUCAGUGUGACUUGAAAGUUCACGUUUUCAUUUUGUGGUCGGAAGAGUUCCAAACGGGUGAAUCGUUUACGAAUCGCGCAUCAAACACAGCGGCUACCGUCAGCGCUGCUGGAGUCCGACACUGAGCGAAGAGGUGAAAGGCCAGCCGGCCAACCAGCCACGUACAGCUAGCUGUCACUAUGGAUGCCUGUGCCCGUAUUCGAGGAGUCCCAAUCAGGUCCAGAUCCUCAGUGCGGAAAGAGACUGUGCGAGACAGUGGGGCGCAGAAUGUGAAGAGCCUCUUCAGGAAUAAAAAGGAGCUCUGUGGCAUUGGUUUAGAGCUGCCAGCAAGAGACGCCACCAGGCUGACAGAGAUUCACUUUGUGUGUCUGCCUGAUGUAAGUGAAGGAGAAGAUGUCACCCAGCAGGCUCUGUCUUCUCUGUCAGGGGGGCUGUGUGAGCUUCUCAGGUCCCUCCACGUCCACAGCAUUAAGAACGAUGAAGUCCUGCUGCUCAAAGACUCUCGCAGGCUGCCAGAGCACAAGGAUGCCGGACCUCAGUAUUGGUUAAAGACAGUGUGUGUGCUGAGGAAUAGUUUCAGCACCAACGUUUACCCUCAAGCCAGUGUUCCAACUUUGGUGGGCCUGCUGGGGUGCUACAUGGCAGGUCUCCGCUAUACGCUGGAGCUUCAGGCUCUUCAGAGGGGCGCAGCUGAGCCCAACCAGCCAGACGAAGACGACACCAACCAGUCGGUCUCAUCAAUCGAGGAUGACUUUGUCACAGCCCUAGAACAUCUGGAGGAGGACGACACAGCAGACAAUACCUCUGCAGCUCCAUUUAGUCAUUUUAAAAGGCGUGAUGUGGCUUCACAGACAGUCCCAGCCCACAAGAGAAAAAAGGAAUUAUCAGGCUCCCGCGUUAUCAUAAGCUCGUCUUCGAAGAAGUAUUCAGCCAAACACAGAUCUGGUCCUGACGUAUCUGUCACAGUGCAGAGGUCAUCGGGUGUGGAAUCCCAGUGGACUUACUGCAGUCCUGGAGCUCGUCUCCCCUCACCUUUGAUUCAUGUCAGUGAAUCAGAAGAGUCAGACUGUUCCAGCCCCAGCCCUAUCAUUUUCCUGGAUGAAGUGGGCUACCAGAAGAGCCUGCUGGCCAAACUGGACAUUCCUCAAGUGCCAGGGGGGCCCAGAGAGCGAGUUGAAGACUCAGAUUCCGAAGUUAGUGAGUUUUUUGACAGCUUUGACCAGUUUGAUGACCUGGAUGAGCUCAACUCUGAGAGCUGUACUCUUACUCUGCCUCUGGAUGCGAUUAGUGUCCCAGCAGCACAGAAAGAGGCUGAUGAAUCUGGCAUAAGUACAUCAUCUUUAAAAUAUGUUUCUAGGGGCUGCUCAACCAAGGGAAUGAAUCCUCACCGCUUUGAUCAGCCCACUCUCCCAGCCAAUGUGAAAAAACCCACGCCCCUGAAACCAGGCUCUCCUUACUCAAUUCCCUCUGAGGUGCCGGAUUCCCCUCGGCCUGUACAGACUCCCUCUGAGGAGAACGGUGGUCCCCUCUUCAGUCCUUUGAGCUCCUCUGCCUUCAGUCCCCUGGUGGACUCCAGCGGGCCACUGGAAUACUUCUGGAAUACAGAGGCGGAUGGACAAGAUGACUCUGAGCUACGUAAACCUCAGGAUCUCUGUUCUUUGUAUAAGACCUACUCAGACUUUGCUAGCAGUCUGUCCAAAGAAAUUCUCGGAUCUGUCUGUGGCUACCAGUCUGCUGUCGACAUCAGUGACAACAAGAAUCUCUCCUGUGUCUGCCACAAGGAAUUUAAGAACCCUUCAGGAUACCUGAUGAAACUCUCAGAAAUACAGGAGACUGUGACGGUGGCCAAGCUGCAGAAGAAAUCCCAGUCUCUGAAAGAUGGUAUUCAGAGGUUUGCCAGUGACCUUGUGGAAAUGAGCUUGGGCAGCGCUUUGCGAGACCUCCAAAAAGGGGUGUCCUCCUGCACCACCACCUUGUGCCACCUAGCUGCUCGACUUACCUCCUCAGUAUUUCAAAUGGCCUUCCAUGAGAUUGGCAUGCGACGUGCAUAUGUACUGAAGGAGCGAGCAAUCAACGGGCUGGCCACUUUCUUGGUUGGAGAGGCCGUGUCCGCAGCGCUCAAAGAGUUCCUGACUGUGAAGAAGCAGAUUUUCCACAGCACUGUAUCACGUUUUGCUGCUGAUCUGGCUGAAGAGCUUGUUUUUGAAGGUAUAAUGGAAGUAUGUCAGUUCUCCCACCCCUCAACGCCUCUCACCCCAAGUGAUUGGUCUUUUGGCCAUGGGCAAGAGGAGGAAGAAGAGGAGGAGGUGGUGGUGUCCUCCUAUGCUUCAGACCUUUCUGAGUCUGUCAUCCAGGAGGCCUUCAUAGAGCUCUCUCAGGCAGAUGUUGCCUUCACAAGCCAAGCAGCUAUAAGUGUGUCUGUGGACAACAUCUGUUAUGUCAGUGCAGAUAACACCUGCACUCAUACCUGCAGCACCUUUGCUAACCAGCAGGUUUUAAGUGUAGCGGUCCCAGCGGAGGAUGCUUCUUGUACUGUGAAGAAAGCCCUGUUCACUGUAUCAGGAAUGGCCAGCUGUAUUCCUGUGCCCCAAGCAGGGCACGCCCUCUCCAACCUCCAGGAUUCCGAGGAGACCACUCAGCAGAGGUCUAGCUUGUCACAUACCCCACCGACCAGCCCCAAAAGAUCAACUGUGUCAUCCUCUGACAAUGCCACGUCUCCACUAACAGCCCUUUACAGUCAUGGAACUCAGACCUCUCUACCAGCAGGAGAGCCCUCCCAAAAACAGUCUUCAUUCCAAAACUUCUCUGGCAACAUGGUGGAUAUGAUAGUAACUGAGGCUUGUGAGCUAAUAACUGCCUCUAAAAUGAAGAAGGGUUUUGGCGACUGUGCUGACUUCCUCACAAAGACAAUCAGGAGCCGCAGGGACUCUUACGAUGCUCUGGAUUCCCCUUCAAAGCAAGGAGUUGUCAGGGAAAGUUUUAGAUAUGACUAUACAGAUUCUGGGCAUGUUAGGCUAGGUGGCCCUAUGGGACAAGAAAAUAAUCCUCCCAUUUCCUUUCAGACAGGCACUCUAAACCAGGGGAGUUACCGAUGUGAGCGAGGCCCCAGGACCAGGGGUGUGUCUGAAACGCAUCCUGUGAUGAUGAAUACUUUGGAAGUGCCGGGUAAUGAGACGGGUGGACAAAGGAGGAUAUCCGCUACUGUGGAUGAUUCAGCUCCAAACUCUGGACAGAAGUCUGCUGCGACUCCUGGUACUCCUCCGUCCACCCCCCAGCAGCCCAGUGAGGUGUCCAAGGAGAGACAGAUAAAGCAGUUCUCCAAAAAGCUGAAAAGCAAGCUGGCUAAAGAAUUUUCCCCUGCAACACCACCUCCAACCCCUCACUAUCAGCCUGAGCUGGGCCCGGGACCAAAAGACACCAUCCCAGAUGCAGACAAGGCAGAGUUUAUGCUCAAACUGAUGAGAUCUCUGUCUGAGGAGGCUGAUGGAAAUGAGGAAGAAGAGGAGGAAGAACCGGCAGAAGAAGGCGGUGUUGGAGUCAUUAACACAUGUUCAGAGAGAGGGGGCGGCCGACACACACCCAGCCCGAUGUGCGCUCGCGUAAUGUCCAACAAGGAAGCUCUCCACUAUGCUGAGCGGUUGGCGUGCCACAUAGUCUCGAUGGCAACAGAGAUGGACACCCUAGGAGGGGCGGAAGAGGAGCAGGGAGAGAUGAACCAGGGCAGUGAGAAGAGGAGAGACAGUGUGGCUCAGUUUUCAGAGCAGACCCUCAACUCAUUGUGGGUGUAUGCAGGAGAAGUGGCGGGAGAGGUAAUUAGUGAUGUGAAGAGGAUGGUGAGCUCUGGACAGCAGUGCCCGUAUCACAGAGCUCUCAGAAGAAGAAGCUGGGACAGAUCUAGCUCCGAAUGUUUGCAUUACCACCACAGACAUCACUCUCAACCCGGUACAGAUCAGAGCAGAGACUGGAGGUUAGGAAGGCUGGCUGAGCAGUGGUCCAAUGACCUGAUUGCCUCGGUCUCCCAGUCUUCCACCUCUGCUUCGAGCACUGUGUCUAGCUCCAGCUCUGGUCUAUCCUCUGAGUAUCCCAGCUGUGAGAGCGUGACAGAUGAGUAUGCCGGCUACCUCAUUAGGGUGCUGAAAAAGGAAGGGGGGAGUAGGGAGUUAGUCCUGGACCAGUAUGCAAGCCGUUUGGCUUAUCGUUCUAUAAAACUUGGCUUGGCUCACGCCAGUCGUAAAAUAAAGCAGAGAUCCUCUAGUGCACGUCUUCGCUCCUCUAAGUCUCUGCCAGAUGAAUGGAAAUCGUCUUGUAGUAGUAAAACGUCAUCAGCCAAGGAUCGAACAGAGAUGGAUAGAAACACCCAGUGUUGUUGCAGGGACUCUGAAGAGCAGAGUAAGAGGGAGUACAUGGAUCUAGUCCACUUUGCUGAAUCUUUAGCAUAUAAUAUCACCUGUGAUGUCACACGCAAGCUCCAUCUCUCCUCUGUACGGCUGCCAAAGUCUUUCACUGACUCCUGUCUUUAUAAAAAAUCCAAACUGGAAGACAUGGCAGAGAAUCUCAUCAGGAACUCCUUCUCCUGCCCUCUGUUAUCCAAGGAGGGUAAGAGCAAGCACUACCACAGCACAGGGAGUCUCUACGAUCAAGGUUACAGUAGCAAGGUGAUGCAAGUCAUUGAGCAUUAUGCCAGGAAAAUAGUGGAUGACACGCUGAAGAUAAGCGUGGCUUCAGUUGGCCAUUCAUCACGGGAGUACCAAGACCAUGACAGACACACUCACACACAGAGGUUGUCUGAGGGCCCAGUUCUGGUCCGGACAAUGGGGGAGAGGCCAUGUUGUUGCUGUCAAGUCCAGGAGUGUCCAUACUGCAGCAAGCACAGCAGGCACCACUACCAACCUGUGCUGCAGAGGAGGAAAAGGGGAGGAGACUGUCAAGCAAGAGUGCUCUCUAGUCUGGAGAUUCCAAAAAUCCACAUCGACCUGGACCACAGGGUGGCAUUUGCAGAGGAGAUGGUGUCCAUGGCAAUGGAUACAGCAAAGCGCGAGCUGAGCAACACCAGCCUUAAUGCUGACAGCGGGAUCGGCCAUGAUGGCACCAGCUACGCCGAGAGCCUCACUGCUGAGAUCAUGACAUCAGCCCUGUCCAACAUAUGCCAGGCUGCCCUUACCAGUGCUUCAGGUAGGGAAACCACUGAGUCCACUGUGUCCCAGCAGCUGAGUGUUGGAGAUGACAGCCUGGGAAGCUGGUCUAACCUGAGCUUUGAAGAUGAGCACCCAGAUGAUAACAGCAGCUUCCUCCACCUCAGCGACAGUAAUGGGAAUAGCAGUAGCUGGAGCAGUCUGGGCCUGGAGGGGGAGGCGUGUGAAGAGCACUUGUCAUUCUCCCCCUCUGACAGUGACAAUACAGAGGACAAGGAGGCUGAGGUCAAAGAGGAAUCAAGUGGGACACUCUGUGUGGACAGGACUCAAGUGCAAACUCCCAGGACUGUGCUUGUCAUAGCAAACUCAGAUGUCAGAGAUCCUGGGAGUGGCCCUAAGCACGUCACCCUAGACCCCCAGCUCAGGAGCAUGCUACAGUGGCUGGCAGCCUCCAUGGCCGAUAUCCCUCAGAUCCAGCUAAGUCCUGACAGAGAACUGCAGCAGCUCCCAGUGGUAGUCCAGAGGCUUCGAGAGAGGAAGUGGAAGGUGGGUGAGCUGCUGCACAUGCUGCUGCGCUACUGUGAUGUGAGCCACAGUCAGCCCGAGGCCAGAGAAGAGGCACUUGAGGCCAGCAAAGAACCUCACUGCAUCUCCCUCUUCCAGUGGCUUCUGGAGCGCACCUAAGGCCUCUGCUUUUUUCCCUCCUUGCUCUCCUCUCAUUAUUUCCAAACAGGGCUUUGCAACCUCUGUGAGCCCCAUAAAUCUGAACUCCCUCUCACAAAUGUGGGCAGCACGUGUGUUGCAUUGCGUGUUGCGUGUAUGGCAUGCCAUCUUUUCCCGUUGUUUUUUUUGUUUUUUUUUUGGUUUUUUUUUCCUCCUCCCCAGUUUCUGUUUUGUUGCUGCAGUUUCAUCAGUUAUCAGGCCUGUAUGUGUAACCUGUGUUGAUUUAAUGAGGUGUCUCCUUUGCUCGCCUACACUCUUGAAUCGAAGGCCUCACACCUUGCUGUGCUUAAGCUACAAUAAGUGGGGGAAGACCCACCCGGUGUGUUUCCAGAGGGAGAUGCAGUGUGUUGGGAGAAAAGACAGACUGGGAAUCCCCACAGCUGCUGGGUGGAUGAUGUCAUCACACCCACACCUCACCUCUCUGGUGGUAUUUCCACAUGUUGAGAGACCAACUGUACACGCGCACAUAUGCACACACAAACACAUUUUGAUUAUUAGAACCAAUUCAAGAGAAAAAUUUGCAUUUCCUGCAAAAAUGCUGUGUGGAUGCUGUAACGCUAAAGCUGUCUGCUGAAAAUAGCUGAAAAAGAUGAAAAGUUGCAAAAAUUGUAUGGUGGUGAAGAAAC